CUUUUUAUUACACAAGAGCUCCGGAUAAGAAACAAAACACUAGGGAACCCAAAUGAAUGCAGGAGUAAUUUUUGUGUAGGAAAAAAUGAUGUCUGGUUGUGGGGACUCAACUAAGCUGCUGGGCAGAAUUGUGGCGCAAGUUACCUACUGCCAUUGAUGCUCUUACGAAAGAUUACAAACUUUGCCCUGUUUGAUCUCAUUUUACUGCUCGAUUACUAUAGAGAGUUUCGAUGAAGAGAUACGCGGCUAAGAAGAUGGAUCUUCGGCGCUAACUUCGCGAGGUUUGAUCUCGUUUUAGUACUGAAACGUGCUUUCAGAACAAAAUUACAAGUUGUGUGAAUAUGGUUUGACUGUAAAGUAUCGCCAUCGUAUGCAAAACGAUAAUCCUACCUCAACAACGAUUCAUUUGAGUGCGGUCACAUGUGUCGUAGACAAAUACAUCAAGCAGCACUACGAGCAACGUCAAGACUUUUCGUCGCCACGCAGCAACCGCUGAUCUCGAGUCGAACUCGCAAGUGCCCCCUUUCAUUUUUUAUUAUUUAAAAAAUUUUGAAUGGAAUCUUCUGAUUGGAACACAGCUGGACAGGACAGUGACUCAACAACCCACACGUUCCCCAUUUGUAGAACUAUAUUAUUGCUUCACUUAAAGCUUCAUUCCUUAUUUUAGAUGCAUGGAAAGUGAUAUCAGCUGGGGACUGUUUUUCUGUGGUUAGCUAGUGUCCAUGAAACCGUAUCGUACCGGCGGUUAAACCACGAAAUACUGGUAUUGGAGGCUAAAUCGAUAGAUGAUAUUUACCGGUAUAAUGGUUGAACAACGGUUAAACCACGAUUUAACCAUAAAAUACCCUACCGCUAACUUUCUCGGUACGGUCUCCGGUACGGUUUCAUGGACCAUAGCUUCUGUUUGAAUUUUUUCGAGUUUGGGCUGUUCAAGUCAAGCCACUUAAAAUUUAAUAACCUAACCUUAAAUUGGGCCCUUCAUUAAUGGCCUUACUUACUAAUUCUUUAUGAUAUUGGGUGAGUUUUACCGAUUAAAUUGUAUAGCCACGGUGAAAUUCGAAAUGAUUGUUAUGUUUCGUACACAGUUGAGUCACUAUCAUUAUAUUCUUGAACGGUAAUUAGUGUCGAGAUUUGUACAAACAUUGCUUAUUAAUUAGUAAAAGUAAAAGGUGGUGAAAAUUGCUUGUUAUUCAUAAUUUUUUUUUUUUGCUUAUUAGUAAAAGAAUUUCCCACUAGUAGAAAAUUAGUGCAAAAAUCAAGCUAAUUAAAACCAUGUUCAAGAUAAUCAUUCAGACAAGCAUCGAAUAACAUGUCAAUAAUAUAACUUCUCAGGAGACAUGAAUUAGAAGAUCUUUUCCUCUUAAAUGUGUAUGAAUAUGAAUGAAAAUAUAUCAAUUUUUUUAAGUACCGGUAAGUAAGGUACAUAAUGCAGGAGUAGUCACAACUAUUUUUUACUAACUUUCACACUAAACACACAAGUCACAUAACUAAAGAAGGAUAACGUAGAACUCGCCGCACCACGAUAACUUGAAUUUCUUUAGACAAAUCAUGUACAAUUUAUCAUUGAUCGACGUUCAAUUAAAAUGGUGUAUCUUAAUAUUUUAAACGAAUCAAGUUACAUGCAUUGAAUCAAUUUUGAAAAGAACCUUAUACAUAAAAAUGCAACACAAGAGUAACCAUCCACGUUGAGAGGUAGAGGGUUAUAACCGAAACCGAGUUCCAUGACACUUCCUUGAGUUGAAGAAACACACCAAAAUCUAGUAUUAUUAAUAUGCCUGAUAAGAGGAUGCAGAUAACUAGAGAAAAUCAUUGAACUUUCUAUGCUAAGUUGCUAACAAUAAUUGGAAGAAAAAAUUGGAUUUCAAUUUCACAAUAACGAUGACAACCGCUAAACAAUUCAAAUAGUUUAGCAUGGAUGAUUUGGAUCAUAUCUAUAUGAUCACAGUCGAUGCCUAGGUAACGGGAGGAAAUCAUCGAGAGUAAAACAAUAUAAGGAAAAAAUAACGAGAGUGAUAUUGGGACACGGCGAGUUAAGAGAAAAUCAAAACAGAAAAAUAUAUGAAACUAAUAUCGACAAUAUGUCGAGAGAAAAAAUACAUUUAGUAGAGAAGAGAAUAAAAUAAAGGCAAAAUACAGCUGUAUAUUCACAACUAUUAGGUUUGUGACAAAUAUAUUCACAACUAUCGAAAUACACGAAAUAUCCAUUUCCGUCCACUCCGUUAACUCCGUCAGUUAACUUGAUGACUGGACAGACGGUGGAUGCUUAGUUGGCGUGUUUCUGACCCCACUAAAUGAUGUGGAUUAAAAGAGGGAAAAAAAAAUAGGCAAAAUACAUUUGUAUAUCCACAACUAUCAGGUUUGUGACAAAGAUAUCCACAACUAUCGAUAUACACGAAAUAUCCAAAAAUCGGAAGGUUGUGUGACAAAUCUAUUCACUUUCGUCUAAAACUAUAACGACGUGGCAGACGGCGUUAAAUUGACUAACGGAAUGCUAAAUCGAUGUCAUCUCACCUGCCACAUAAGCCAAAAAGCAACCAAACUUUACACCGUUAUCUGUUAGACCUCGCUGCUGCAGUCUUCUCUGUUGGCGAUUUGGUUAGAUUCAAGCUUUUUUUGUUUGAGAUUCAAACUUGGUAUCACCAUGGCUCCGACUGCAUGGAAGAUGUCAGAUUAAAAGGGAGGCAAUGGUUGGGGAUUGUGGUUGGAAUCAAAAUCUGGGCUUGGGGUAGGGUUAUUUGGGGGUGGAGGCAUCGAUCGGAGGAGGAUCAGUGGUUAUCGGGCAUGUUUCUGGUUUGGAUUUUUAGUCUCGCCGUCUGUGGUUUUUAGGGUUUUUAAAUUUUUUUUCUCUUUUAAUCCACGACAUUCAGUGGGGCCCGGAAACACGACAACUAAGCAUCCACCGUCUGUCCAGUCAUCAAGGUAACUGACGGAGUUAACGGAGUGGACGGAAAUUGAUAUUUUAUGUAUUUCUAUAGUUGUGGAUAUAUUUGUCACAAACCUGAUAGUGGUUGAUAUAUUUGUCACAAACCUGAUAGUUGUGGAUAUACAACUGCAUUUUGCCUUUAUUCAACUAGCCUAUUUGGCAUCUAGGUGUAAAGUUUGGUUGCUUUUUGGCUUAUGUGGCAGGUGAGAUGACAUGGAUUCAGCAUUCCGUUAGUCAAUUUAACGCCGUCUAACACGCCGUUAUAGUUUCAGACGGAAGUGGAUAGAUUUGUCACAAAAUCUUCCGAUUUUUGGAUAUUUCGUGUAUUUCGAUAGUUGUGGAUAUAUUUGUCACAAACCUGAUAGUUGUGGAUAUACAACUGUAUUUUGCCUAAAAUAAACGAAGGAAAAAAGCCAGCAUUCAUGCAAAAUAGGCCACGUGUCGAAACUCGCCGGCAGCACCCUCCCGUCGUCGCUCGACUAUCUCUCUGUCUCUCUUCCGGCCGCCUAGCUAUCGCCAUCACAUUUCGAUCCACAUUGCCAGCAAAAGAAAGCUCUCCGCAAAACCAAUUGCAGACUCAAUGCACAGAGUGACUUAAAAACUCAAAACAUUGGCCCGUAGCAAUUGACCUAGAGAAGCGAUGCAGAGCAUAUUAUCAUACGCGACGGUCGGCGAAAAUGCGUCGCCGGAGCACGCCGAAGUCGUCCCCAUUACGAUAUUCGUGGCAGUGCUCUGCCUCUGCUUGGUAAUAGGCCAUUUGCUCGAGGAGAAUCGCUGGGUUAACGAGUCCAUCACCGCCAUCUUCAUCGGAGGCGUGACUGGAAUCCUGAUCUUGGUCCUCCGGAAGGGGAAAAGUUCUCACCUUUUGAGGUUCAGUGAGGAACUCUUCUUCAUUUACCUCCUUCCCCCAAUCAUCUUCAAUGCCGGAUUUCAGGUGAAGAAGAAGCAGUUCUUUCAGAACUUCAUCACUAUUAUGCUGUUUGGGGUUGUUGGGGUUUUCAUCUCAACAGUCAUUAUCUCCCUAGGCAGCUGGUGGCUGUUUCCUAAGCUUGGAUUCGUCGGCCUCACGCCACGAGAGUACCUCGCUGUAGGGACUAUAUUUUCGGCGACCGAUUCAGUGUGCACCCUGCAGGUUCUUCAGCAAGAUGAAACUCCUUUGCUCUACAGCAUAGUGUUUGGGGAAGGAGUAGUGAACGACGCAACCUCAGUCGUUCUGUUCAAUGCUAUACAGAAGAUGGAUGUCAGCAAGAUCGACUCGCAAACAAUCCUCAGUGUCGUACGAAGUUUUCUGUACUUGUUCUCCACCAGCACUGCUCUUGGAAUCGGUGUUGGCCUCCUGACUUCACUUGUUCUUAAAACACUCUACUUUGGGAAACACUCGAGCAUACGUGAACUCGCCAUGAUGGUCUUAAUGGCGUAUCUAUCGUACAUGCUCUCCGAGCUGCUGAAGCUAAGUGGGAUUCUCACCGUUUUCUUUUGUGGAAUCGUCAUGUCACAUUAUUCUUGGCACAAUGUGACAGAAAGUUCCAGGAUCACAGCCAGACAUGUUUUUGCCAUGCUGUCCUUUGUCGCGGAGACGUUCAUAUUUCUCUACGUGGGAAUGGACACUUUUGACAUGGAGAAGUGGAGGAUGACUAAAUUGAGCUUUGGGACUUCCCUUGGGAUCUAUAGCACAAUAGUGUUCCUGAUAUUGGUGGGGCGUGCUGUAUUCGUGUUUCCACUCUCCGCAUUUUCCAACUUCAUGAACAGAAACAAAACAUCCCCACUCACCUUCAAACAACAAACUGUUAUUUGGUGGGCUGGCCUGAUGAGAGGUGCAGUCUCUAUCGCUCUUGCUUUUAAACAGUUCACCUAUUCUGGUGUCACGUUGAAUCCCAUCAAUGCAACAAUGAUCACGAACACCAUCAUCGUCGUUCUCUUCACUACAUUGGUAUUUGGUUUCUUGACGAAACCCCUAGUAAAUUACCUAAUCACACACGGAAUGAGAAACCAGAACAAUCAUGGAGCUGGAGAAGGAGGAGAACAACCAAGGUCCCCGAAAGACGAUGUGGUGCUUCCUUUGCUGUCCUUCGAUGAAUCUGCUUCGGCUAACAUGCAAAUCGCAAGGGAUAAUUUCUCCAUGUUGAUGGACAGGCCGGUCUACACUAUCCAUCACUACUGGAGGAGGUUUGAUAAUGCCUACAUGAGACCCAUUUUUGGUGGCCCUCGGCACAAUCCAUCAGAAUGCUGAGUUUCUACCACAACUACUACUACUCUCGCUCAAGUCCCGACCAUUUCUCCAUUGAGGAAUACCAGAAUCGCCGGUAGUGGAAUUAGCCUAAGGUUAGGGGAGAAAGGGGUGUGGUUCUUUGACUUGGUGCCUAGAAUAUGCAGGUAGCGAAUUCUAAAUGCAGAGGCCGAGAUUGCCAGAGAAUGUGUAGUCUCAUGGAAGGAAUGGCAGCGAUGCCAAGUUUUGGAAGUUUUGCUGGUGAAAGCUACUGUUUCGAUCUAAAUGUAAAUGAUUUUAGUGAACUCUGCAACAAACAUUUUUAGUGAAAAAUGGACCUUCCUUACUGCAUCAAACGUUGAACUAUGUUGAUCCGUAAAUCAUCAGAAAAGUACAAGAACGAAGUUCACUUAAUAGGCCAAAUCUCCUUACUCAUCGACGUCCUUUUCAAGGCGCUGCAACCAUCAAAAGCCAUUUCAAACUUUAGAGUUCAGGGAAUCAUCACUUCAGCUCGCCAUAGCUGCAUAAAAGAAGUCACCAAAUCAACCCAAAAUGCACCGAGGGAGGAGGAACUUACAUUGUCGGCAGAUGAUGAGCUGGGACAGGUCAACCCGGCAAUUGCUGUUUAGCCUGGCAGCGGCGGAGCUAGCACCAUCUGAGCCUCCUUUGGUCGCAGUAGCUGCAGUCAGUGAUAGCACUACUACAAGCACGCAGAAGAGCAGAAGAACUUUAAGGUCUGCCAUUGACCUGCCUCCUGAUGUAGGCUUUCAGGACUGAAGAGUGUACAAGGCAAAGUCGGUUGCAGUUUGGUUGAGCUUAGUUUUAUAAGAAGCCAAAAAGAAACUUUAGUAGCCAUCUGCUUACCAGUUUGUUGCAGGGAUGCACGGGAAGGAUGAACAACAUUAAACAAAACUCUUUUCC